GUGGCGGUGGCGGUGGCGUUGGCAUCGGGGGCAGCGCGCGGUUCCCGAGGCAAAGGCCUUCUCGGCGGCCGGUAUUUCCGCGCGACGCGUGUCCGAGUACGCACGAUCAUCGUGGUUAUAGCACGUUAUCCGUGUAUCGUACUCACGGUGUCGUUCCUUGUCAGAGGUCAAGGAAAACAUUUUGGCGGUAGAACGUAUCAGUGCGUGGCGCGCGCGCGCGCGCGCCCGAGAUAAAAGGAACAGACAGAAAGAGGGGGAGAGAGAGAGAGAGAGGAAGGAACUCUCGAUGACCGCCGCUCCCGUUAUCGCGGUGGAUGUCAAAGGGCAACGUACGGCCUGACUAGAGCCGUGCCAGGGCCGUGCCAGGGCCGAAGCAGGGAUCGCGUCGCGCUGGCGCGCGUCUCCUCCUUCGGGCGACGUCGCGACGUCCUCGACGCAAAAGUAACUUCGACGGUUUUCCUCCUCGCCAUCGCCGUUUUCGUCGUUACCAUCAGCAUGGAUUGGCUCCGCAAACUCGGACCGAUUCUUCUCUUACUGCUCUUUGCUCUUGGCACCGAGGAAGUAGAAGCGCUCAGGAUGCUGGAGCUUGUUAUACCGCAAUACGUGGUAAGGGGACAGAACAUACGUCUCGAGUGUAGCUUUAGCCUGGACGGUGAGAUACUCUAUUCGGUUAAGUGGUACAAGGAUGGCAACGAAUUUUAUCGAUACGUACCCAGGGAUAUGCCACCUGUAUUGGUUUUUCCACUUCCCGGCGUUACCGUCGACAUUCAUAACUCUACCGAAAGAUCGGUCGUUCUUUACUCCGUAAAUCUAAUGAGUUCCGGAAGAUACAGAUGCGAGGUCUCGGCGGAAGCACCUUCCUUUCAGACUGUGUCCGAUCAUUCCGAUAUGAUGGUAGUCGCUCUACCCGAGAACGGGCCUGUUAUCGCGGGUAGACCUGGCAGGCAUCGUUAUCAAGUAUCGGACGUCGUCCGAUUCAAUUGCACGUCGGCUAAAUCGAAACCAGCCGCCAUGCUCAGUUGGUUCAUAAACGGCGAGCCUGUCGACCCGCAAUACCUAAGAGGACCUCACAUCACGGAGGUAGACCGCGAGGGUCUAGAGACCGCCGUACUUGGUCUGGAGUUCCGUCUGCGUACGAAACACUUCAAGAAGGGUGACAUGAAGAUCAAAUGCCUGGCGACGAUAGCGACCGUAUAUUGGAAAUCGAACGAGCUCAGUAUAGAGGGUGAAAGGCCCCUAAAGAUUCCGGUAAUGGAGAGUAGGGAGACAAGAGCGCAAGGCCACACACACGCGGAACACAUUUUGGCUAGUGGAACUAUCAAAUCCGUAGGAUCAUCUCUGUCGCUGCUAACCCUAGGAUUGCUUAUACUGCGGUAAGGGCAAAGGAUAUCGUGUUACGCAUUUUCGAUUCUCCUCGUGAUACCGCAUCAGUGUGAAAUAAUCUAUCAAAUUAUCUACCUUGUUUAUAUUUUUUUAUCAUUCCACUUAGCGAAGCGAGGAUCGCAUAAAGUGUCGCUUUUAAUUAAUUUAAGUGCAUACGCGUGCGUACUAAAGAAUUCCGACGAGCGAGACCGAUCGUAGUACCGAUCGAUAUACUCGAUAUUUUUACAAUAAACUAGGAGAUUUUAUUGAUAAAUGAUUUUUAACGGAUAGUCUUUCUAUCUCUUCGAUCCUUUCUUUAUAUUUUCACUCGAUGAGUUACCUCGACGCUUUUACCGGCAUCGAUCGGGAUGCGUUUCGUACGACGAUGACGUUACUUUCGAGUGCAUGUAAAAAGUCGAUGAUCGUUGAUAAUUUCGAUAUUCGGCGAAAAACGAAAAGGAAAAUAAAGUAUAUUGGUGUACGAACGAAUCGGGCACGAACCGAUUAAGAAUUCGGGCGUUAUCGACACACACAUAUCUAUACGAGUCUACACACAGAAAUACGUACUUAUUCGUAAUUAAUUUCUCAUUCAACUUGAUCGCACUACCGAUAUCUCGAACAUCGAAACGAUGAAAUUAUUUGGGUAAAAUGUAAAAGCGAUUAUCCGAAAUGGAUCUUAUCGAAUGAAUCAUUUAAUCGUAGGACUAAGCAAAUAGAUCAACGAACGAUCGAUAGAAUUUCCAUUUAUAGGGAAUAUCAUCUAUAUCGAAUAUAUGCAUGUACAUAGAUCUUUUUCCUAUUUACGCGUAUAAACAUAUUACCGUUAUUAUAUUUACGACUGAAUUUCUUACUUACGAUUUAACACUUUUCUUAUAUCAAUCGCCAAGCAUGCCAUUACAUUUCAAUGAGUUGCAAUGACCAUAAUCAUACUUGUGAAAAAUACAAAUUUUAUAAUUGGCCUUUGGAUAAUCGACGUUUCCUACAAUCGCGGUUAACUUAAUGAGUAAGCGUUGUCCAAGCUGGUAUGAUGUAUAGUUUCUUACGGUACAGGUAUGAG